AUGCAAGACAUUCUCUUGUCGGAUAUACCGAGCGUGCAGAGCUACAGUGCUUAUGUGCUAGACAAGGCGCGCAAGGUGCACAACAUCUUCCCCGAGACUCAAUGUUGGUUUGUGUCAAACGAGGAGGAACAGCGUCGAGUCGAGUACCCGGGCAUCGCGGCAGGACCCACUGUGGGCAUCGACGAGUAUAUUUCGAUGGAGUCAUCGAGACCUCGGCUACGCAGGAUAUCCUCGAGUUUUGGCCGUGGGUCAGCUGAGUACCCCUCUCACGUUCUCUUCCCAACUCCCGUUGGACAAGUGUGA